AAUUUUUCAGGCAUUACUCAAGCCAAAAACUAGUAUGGAGUAAUGUCAGAAAGAAGUUGAUUCGAGUGACUCGUACGGCUACCUGAAUGACGGUUUUGCCAAGUUUUAUAAAUUCCAAAUUUCCAAGUAUAGGUACUCCAGUGCUCCGCUAGCAGGUUACAAUUGUUUUUGGGUUUGCCAAAAGACCUGAAAACCUAAAGUCCUCUCCAUUUUCUGGCGGAUUUUGUGCAAAUUCAUACUUUUCCAGGAAUCAAAUUCAGAAACAAUUGUCAAUCGCUCAUAGGGGCAUCAGUCACAAUGUCAGGCAGAAACCCGGGUCCGCCAUUGCCGAUGAAGAAUAUGCCUCAUGGAAGGAUUCCGUUUCCGCCCCAUGAACCACCAUAUGGCCGAAAUCUUGGUCCGAUGCCUCACCCUGCGCUUCUUGAGGAAAUGAGGGAGAGGGAAUCCCAGUUUGGGAUGGGCCCUAGGUCAUUACCCCCUCACCCUGCUAUCCUUGAGGAACGUCUCGGAGUUCAGCUUCAUGAAAUUCAAGGCUUAUUAGUCGAUAACCAGAGGGUUGCUGCUACCCAUGUUGCAUUGAAGCAGGAAUUAGAAGCUGCUCAUUAUGAGUUGCAACAAAUGUCCCAUUAUGGUGAUUCCUUUCACGCAGAAAAGGAUAUGCAGAUGAGAGAAAUGCUUGACAAGGCUGCCAAAUUAGAGAUGGAACUUCAAGCAGCAGAUGCAAUGAAGGCUGAACACAUGCGGGUUCAAUCUAAUGUUAAAGAACUUACUGUCGUUAGGCAAGAUCUGAUGGCUCAGGUCCAGAGAAUGAACCAAGAUUUGACUAGAUUUUCUACCGAUUUACAGCAAGUCCCGGCAUUGAAAGCUGAAAUUGAGCAUAUGAGACAGGAGGUUGACAGAGCAAAGGCUGCUAUUGAAUACGAGAAGAAAGCAUAUGCAGAUAGCUACGAGCAUGGCCAAAAGUUCCAGGCCAAAAUGCUCUCAAUGGCUAGAGAACUAGAAAAGCUACGGGCAGAGGUUGCUAAUGCAGAGAAGAGAGCACGUGCUGCUGCUGCUGUUGGCAAUCCUGGAGCAGCGGCAGGUUAUAACACCAAUUAUAGCACACCUGAAGGUGGGUACGCAGGAAAUCCCUACCCUGCUGGAUAUGGAGUGAACCCAACGCAGCCUGGUAUGGAGAAUUAUCCUCAAUAUGGACCUGGGCCUGGCAAUUGGGGAGCAUAUAAUAUGCAACGUGGUCAAGGGCAUAGAUGAAGUGGCUUGCAAUUAUCUAUUGAUGCAGAAUCGUGUUUCCUUUUGCAUGCUGGUCUCUUCAGCUCAGGCUUGAUAGAUGCAUAAGUGUGACUGUGUGAGUAACAUUGAGGGAUUCCAUUUAUAGAAUAUGGGGAUGCUUGUUUACUAAGUAUGUCAUGCAGUGAAAUAUGUCGUCAUUAUAUUGUCUUAUCCACAGAAUAUUAAUUUUUAGCUGGUAAGGAAAUACUAUAUCUAUUUACAAUUUCUAUUCUCUCAUCUCAUUCAGUGACAUGUGUUAUGCUUUUCCAUGUCGAUAUUCUUUUAUAGCAGAGGUGACCUAUUUGCUUGAAAUAUUAGCUUUUCAAGCCUUA